UUGAACCCCAGAAGAUCAAUGGUCCCCAGAAGUGUGGGCCCUGCUGUUGCACAGAGUUUCUGUAAAUAAAGGUUGUAAAAGAGUUUAAGGUGGAACUACUGAGGGGACAUUGGCUUUAUAAACAGAGUAAGUGAUUAUGAAGAGAGAAGUGUUUCGAGUCAGAGAGUGUGAUUCCUGCAACAGCUACUCAGCACAGUCAUGGCGUUCCCUCGGCUGUCCGUCUCGACGCUGCUGGCUUCAUGGAUCCUUCUUCUCUACUGGACGACCUCCUCAGCUAGGUCACAUGACCCCGCCUCCUCCAACCCCUCACCCCCCUACAGGGUGAAGAGAGACCUGCCAUUUGAGACCAGACCACAAGUGGAACAAUCUCUGGCAGUGGCAAAAGACAUUAUCUCUGUCAUCAAUGAAAAGAUUGGAAGCGUUGACAGCAAAUCUGUGAAAAAUGUGAUGAAGGGUCUCUCCACCAUCGCUGGCUUGGUGCCCGGCAUCGGAACUCUGAUCGUCCCAACGGUCAACUGGAUCUUGGCCUUCAUCCCUCAGGACGACCCGGUGUUUAACGAAGUGAAGAAAGGGUUCGCUGAAGUGAACAGGAAGCUGGACUCGCUCUCCAUCCAGAUCUCCAACCUGGCAACAGAUGUGGAAUGGUUCAACUAUGCCAGCGUCUACUCUCAAGACGAGGUCCGCAUCCUAAACGCCUGGAAGAAGUUCAAUGAGCUUCAAGACAACAGUCAAGUGGUGAAAACUGAAGAGGACAAACUCCGACUGGCUGAGAUAUUCGUCAACUACUAUGAGAACACAGAAACUGAGGGCAGUGUGGCCAACCUCUACCAUUACCUGACCGUCUCCAACACGUCCCUCAUUGGAAACAUCAAUGACCUGCUGAAGAAGAAGUUUAAAUGUGACAUUCAAAAGAUCGGUGACUAUAACAUCCAUUUCAGUACUUUGAUGUGGAGGGGGAUGCUGCUCAACCAGUUCUACUGGAAACUGAUCGGUUUUGAUUUAUUAGACAAAGAAACUGAACACACUGACAUGAUUAAGAAGGUCUACACAGCUCAGAUGUCAACCAUAGAUUACUGUCUGGACCACUAUGAGCAGUUCCUGAAGGAAGACGUGGAGGCGAUGAGCAAAUCCAUCAGUCAUGUCGACCACAAAGCCGUCGCUAAGGAGGUGAAAAAUCAUCUGGAUAAGAAGUACUACUGGUACAACUGGAUGGUGAUGGUGUACCCCAAAGAUCAACAUUAUAAUCAUGAGUUAUAUAAUAUGACAACGUUUUCUUGGGAUACGAUCACUGUGGCUGUGGACCACAUUCAGAAAGCAGAGGAGAAACAUAAAACACAAGUAAUCACUGAGGUGGGGAAGUGCUACAAGCCAGAUUCGUUUAAUUUUUCCUAUUGUAAUGUGAUAAAUGAAAAAAAGUUCUGCAAUGCAAAAGUUGAUGGUGUUCCUGUUACAGAGUUCUUUAAAGCGAUCCACGCCAGUUACAAACCAUUUGUUGCAGUCCCAGAAUCCAUGGAGACUUUCAAGUGUGACGUGAAAGGCUACGAGUAUGACAUGUAUUUCUAUUACUCCAGAAAAAUCUCUGUCUGCAGCUAUCAAACCUGUGACAACGGAGGAAAGUGCAAGCCAGUGAGGGACUCCAACGAACAUUUGUGUUUGUGUCCUGAUGGUUACCGUAGGGAGAGCUGUGUAGAGCGGGAGAAACCUAGCGACGUCACACUGAUCGGCAAAGACACUGUGCCUGACAUCACCACCAUCAACGCCAGACUGAAGAGAAUAGAGGACAAAUUAGACAGAAAACUGGAUUUGAUACUCAAUAAAUUCGGCUUAUAUCUGUCAUGAAAUGAGUUUGUGUUUCCAGGUGAAAGCUGUUGCAGCUCAGUGUAACCCUGAUGUUUGUGACAGGAAAACAGUCAAAUGUUCAGAUAAUAAAUGAAUAAUGACUAAUAAAAGACAUGUUCUUUGUUUUGUUCUGUUCAUGAAUAAAAUUCACCAAUAAGAAUGAAAACUGAUGACAGCUUCCAUGUUUUAAAUGAACAUGUUAUUGUUUGUUUUAGACUUUAAUAUCCAUCACUAUGACACUCUGCAGCAGGAACAACCACCACACUUGACUUAUUAUUAUCUCUUGAGAUUAUAUCUGAUGUAAAGUCCACAACAGCAG